CGGGAGGGAGAGAAUGAAUUGCAGCUGCACUCCGCUCACUGUUCCCCCAGCUGUGAUAUCCCAUUCCUCUCUGUCUCUCUCUCUCUCUCUCCCUCUCUCCCUCUCUCCCUCUUAAUUCCCUAUUUAACACUCUCUUCUCUUUAACUAGCUACUUCUUCAGUCCUCCUAUAUAAGUACUAUGUGAGUUUUCCAGUCUCCACGGGAAGAGCAUGGAAGACCGACCACUCUCCCGUUUCCUCGUUCUCCUCAAGCUCUUCUUUCUGUGUUUAUGCUUCUUCACCAAACCUUGCUCCGCUGCUACUGACGGAGAUGGGCCUUUCUAUGAUUCGUCUGCUUACACAGAGUGCAAACCGCAGCCGGAGGCCCCACUAUACAACGGAGGGAUUCUCAAAGAUUACACUCCUAACUCCAACCCCAGAGCUGAAAGUGGACUAGCAACCACCGGAGCCUAUUCGCCGGCUUUCGUAUUGCAGAAUCUCACCCACCGCACCAAAUACUGUUUCUCCGCCUGGAUCAAGAUCAACGGUGCAGAUUCGACACUCAUAAAGGCAAGAUUAUCAACAGAGAAUAGGACAUAUAACUGUAUUGGGAGUGUAGUGUCAAAGAGUGGGUGCUGGUCCUUUCUCAAAGGUGGCUUUGUUUUGGAUUCACCUUCACAGCUAUCUAUCCUAUUUUUUCAGAAUGCAGAUGGGAGGGAGGUUGAUAUCUCAAUUGCAAGUGCCUCUUUGCAGCCAUUUACUGAUCAGCAAUGGAGGAUGAACCAAGAAUACAAAAUACACACUGAAAGGAAACGAGCUGUAACCUUGCACAUAACAGAUGCACAAGGGAAUAAGUUGCAAGGAGCAACAAUCAGGGCGAAGCAGAUCUCCAAAGACUUCCCCUUUGGUUCUGCAAUAGCCAAGACCAUCAUCGGAAACUUGCCUUACCAGAAUUGGUUUGUGAAGCGCUUCAAUGCUGCAGUCUUCGAAAAUGAACUCAAAUGGUACGCAACAGAACCCGAACAAGGAAAGACCAACUACACCAUUGCAGACCAGAUGUUAGAGUUCGUUCGGGCAAACCAAAUCAUAGCCAGAGGCCACAACAUCUUCUGGGAAGACCCUCUUUACACUCCUUCAUGGGUUCGUAAUCUAACAGACGAAGAGCUAAGGUCGGCUGUUGAAUCCCGAAUACAAAGCUUAAUGAAAAAAUACGGAGGAGAAUUCAUACAUUGGGAUGUCAGCAAUGAAAUGCUUCACUUUGAUUUCUAUGAAAAACGGCUUGGCCGUAAUGCCACCUUACACUUCUUUGAGAUAGCACACCAAUCAGAUCCACUAGCCACAUUGUUCAUGAAUGAUUUUAAUGUGGUUGAGACUUGUGCUGAUGUGAAUUCCACAGUUGAUGAUUACAUUUCAAGGCUAAGAGAACUCCAAAGAGGUGGUGCAACAAUGGAUGGAAUUGGCCUUGAGGGCCAUUUCACAGUACCCAAUAUUCCUCUCAUGAGAGCUGUUUUGGACAAGUUGGCUACUUUGGGCCUUCCUAUUUGGCUCACAGAAAUUGACAUUAGCAAGACCAUAGACAAACAAACACAGGCUAUUUAUCUUGAAGAAGUCUUGAGAGAAGGGUUCGCUCAUCCUUCUGUGACAGGAAUCAUGCUUUGGACAGCCCUCCACCCUAAUGGGUGCUACCAAAUGUGUCUCACAGAUUAUGAUCUCAACAAUCUACCUGUCGGCAAUGUGGUUGAUAAGUUGCUUACAGAAUGGCGAACUGGGAAGCAAGAGGGUCAGACAGAUGAGCAUGGUUCGUAUAGCUUUUAUGGGUUCUUAGGAGAAUACAAGGUAAUCGCUACAUAUGGUGAUAAAUCUGCUAACGCAACAUUCUCACUGAGUCGAGGAGAUGAAACUAGACACUUUAGCAUUCAUCUAUGAACUCCCGCUUGACGAUUCGUAGCUUCUGAAGGUUUAGUAUUGCUUCCUUUUCCAGUAUUUCCAAAGAGAAAACUGUAAUGGAUUGAUUCAAUCUAAAGUGAGAAACAGAGAGUGUGAAUUGACGCCCUUGAAGAUCAAAGAACAGACGUCACAUGGCAUACCAAAUGUACCAAUCCCUUAGGUUAUGUUUGGUUAUAAGGAGAAUUAAAGGGAAGGAAAGUGAAAUUUUCAUACUUUAAAAA